UCACGAAGGUGUUGAAGCCAAUCAGGAAAGAGAAAGUUUUGACUUUAUAGCGCAAAAAGCGUGAUUCUGCAACUUAAAUACCUUUGGGAGUUCACAGAUAUUAAUAUAAUGCAUGUACGUACAGCCAGUAUCGCAAAAUACAGAUAAGGAACCGCUUGAAGAUAGCCAGUGUUAAUGGUGUUGAAAAUCAGCCAAGCAUGCAGGGAGUAAGUACAUGCCUUGUGCUUAUUAUUGGCCUUAUUUUGGUCAUUUCUGUUAACGGAAAAGGCAAAAUAAUCCCAGAAUCUAAUUGCAAAACGUAUCCGUGCCUGAUAUUUCAAGAUAACUUCGAUGAUUUGGACUUACGCACGUGGAAGCAUGAUGUCUCUACCGUACCAGGGGGAAAUGAGGAGUUUCAGGUUUAUGUGAACAAUAGAUCGAAUAGCUUUGUACGCGAUGGGUCUCUGUAUUUGAAACCAACACUUACCCAGGAUACAUACGGAGAAGGAUUUUUGAAAGCGGGAACACUUGACUUGUGGGGUGAGCGCUGCACAUCAAAUCGAGAUAAUACUGGCUGCUAUAAAAAGGGCUCUGAAGAAGAUAUAAUCAACCCAGUGACAUCCGCAAGGAUAAGCACAUCGAAAAGUUUCAGCUUCAAAUACGGACGAGUGAGUGUGCGGGCAAAGUUGCCAAAGGGUGACUGGCUAUGGCCAGCUAUUUGGUUACUUCCUAAGGACGAAGCAUACGGUGACUGGCCAUCCUCUGGGGAGAUCGACCUUCUUGAGGCCCGUGGCAACGAGAAUCUGUUUGACCGAUCUGGAAGGCAUGUUGGCAACAGGCAUGUGUCCUCUACAGUUCACUGGGGCCCAUAUUAUAAAGCAAACAGCUUUCUACGCACAAUGGGGACAGUUGAUAUGAAAAAGCAUUCGUUUUCUGAUGAUUACAAUGUGUUCUCUUUCGACUGGACAGCGGAUACCAUGCACUUCUAUGUUGACAACACAACUAUACUCAAAUUUACAGUUCCAGAAGGAGGGUUUUGGAAACUAGGGGAGUUUGAGAAGUAUCAGCCUGGGAUAGCAAAUCCUUGGAAAAGCGGGGGAAAGAUGGCGCCUUUUGAUGAAGAAUUCUUUAUCAUAAUGAACGUUGCUGUUGGGGGAACAAAAUUCUUUUUGGACGGUUUUACGCCGCAGAAACCGUGGAAUAACAACUCCCCCAAAGCUAAGGAAGAGUUCUGGGCUGCAAAGGAUAAGUGGUUGAAAACAUGGAAAGGGGAUGAUGUCGCGAUGAAAAUCGACUAUGUCAGGGUUUGGAAACUGAGGUCGGAUGAAAGCGAGGUUGAAAAGAAAUUUGAUGAAGAUAUUGUGAAGCAGAAACAUGAGGGAAAUACAGAAUUUAAUUUGGUUUAAAAACAGGGAAAAGUUGGAAUGUAAGAUGGGUAGAGAGAGGUCUAACAUUGUUAACAUUGUUUUUGAAAUAAUUUUCUUGAAGAUGGUGACAUCCUUGGCGUCAAUUGCCAUGGACAGAAGCGCAGUCAGGGACAGGAGUAAAUUAUGGCACACAAGAGUAGUGCCAUAUGUUCUAGAACCUUAACAGUUAUGAAACUUUCUUACAGCAUUGUUAGAACAUUGCUUUUGUGUUAAUAUUACGUUGUUACUUUCUUACGGGGUUGUUAGAACAUUGUUCUUGCGUUCACAUUGAGUUGCCUUUUUCUUACAGCGUUCUUAGCACAUUGUUUUUGUAAUAAUAUUGCGUUCUUCGAAUAUUUUUCUUGUGUUAAUAUUGCGUUGUCUUUUUCUUACAGCGUUGUUAGAAUAUUUUUCUUGUGUUAAUAUUGCGUUGCCUUUUUCUUAAAGCGUUCUUAGCACAUUGUUUUUGUAAUAAUAUUGCGUCGUUAGAUUAUUAUUCUCGUGUUAAUAUUGCGUAGUCUCUUUUUUAAAGUUUUGUUAGAACAUUGUUUUUGUAUUAAUUUUGCGUGGUUAGAAAACUGCUGUUGUGUUCUUAUGGCGUUGUUACCACAUUGUUACAUGGUGUAUUCCGUUACAUGCUGGAUUACAUGGAGUGUUACAUGAUGUUUGCAUGAAAGGAUAAAAUCAAAUAUGUUUUGGGUUCUGCUUAACAAAUAUUCAUCAG